AUGCCCCUCUCGUCCCCAGCAUGGUUCGCCGUCUGCCCUGCGGUGAGAGGACGCGUUGCAGGCUUCUCUGUUUGCCCGUCUCCGCGCAAUAACGACAACAUCAAUAACAGCAAUGACAUCAUCAUCAACAGCAUCAUCAUCAUCAUCAUCAUCAACAGCAUCAUCAUCAUCAUCAUCAACAUCAACACCAACCUCAACAUCAACACCAACCUCAACAUCAACACCAACAUCAACAUCAACACCAACAUCAACAUCAACACCAACAUCAACAUCAACACCAACAUCAACAUCAACACCAACAUCAACAUCAACAUCAACAUCAACAUCAACAUCAACAUCAACAACACAGCCAAAAAAAACAAACCCGUGCGCGUCUGA